AUGUCCUCUUUUAUAGGCCUUGGGAGGUGUGCAAUUUGUUUAGAGUUUCGAUGUGGGACUCUGGGCGUCAGUUGUGAGACCGCCACGCGUCAAAGGGGGCGAGGUUGCCCUAAUGUUGCGAUCGGUAGGUUUGGUACCGAAGGAGUCCCCCAAGUCCCCUUGCGAGAGUCUUCGGAAGGGGAUUUGAAGUCAUCUUCGGGAGGAAUCACGGCCUUACCGUUCGGUAACCCCACCUGGGGAAGGGGCCAAACUUUGUCCCUUCCGGCAUCACCAGCUCAGAGGCUGACGUUGGUGAAGUCAGAAGGUCGCGUCGAGCUGACGGGCGAAGGGACGUCUGAGCGCUUCGACUUCCGCGCCUCGCGUGCCGUCUAUUCCCCAUAG